CGCAUCGAAGUAGAAAUACCGAUCACUAAUUUUCGUAGAACGAACGUCAUUAUUUGAUAAUUAACCAAUCUUUAAAUGUAGGUGAUUAGUAAAGUGAAUAAGUUUACGUUACGUUUACGUUUAUUGUAAUGUCAUUUGCAAUAAGUGCAGUUGUUCAACAAUAAAAGAAAUUGUUAAUUUACAACUUUGAUAAAUCUCCUAGUUAGAUAAGAGGUUUAAAAAAAUCGAAAUGUUUAUUUUUUUGGUAUAGUUUCUGUUUUAUAAAAACUACUUCGCUUAAAAAUAAUCGCACAAUUUGCUUAAGUCGCUUUCAAGCAUAAAGAAGUAGCAAAAUGGGCAGAAAAAAUAAAAAUGAAUCAAAAAGCGGGAAUAAAGACACCGACAAACCAAAAGAGCAAGUAAUCCAGAACAAAAUAAAGAAAGAAAAAUUGAAAAAGGAUAAAGUGCCUAAUAAUGAGCCCAAAAAUUCAAAAAAAAUAAUUUUUGAUGAUGAUGGAGCACCAUCGUCACCAGCAAAUGUAGAUAAUAAAACACAAUUUAAAAAUAGUACUAAUCAAAAAGACAAUGAAACUUCACGAAAAAAAGAUAACAGUAAUAAUACAAACAAGAAAAUUAUAUUCGGAGACGAUGAUAACGACCCGCAGGAUCGUGUACAUAAAACUGUAGCCAACAGUAGUAAGAAAAAAAAUCAAAGUAAUGAAGAGGAACCAAAAGAUGAAGAUAUAGAUAAAUUUUGUGAUGAAAUAGAUGAAGAAGAUAAUAAACAGUUUAACAUUUGGGUUGAAUUGUUAGAAGCAAAACUAAGUUCUAAUAAAAAGAAUAAAUAAAGUUUUAUUAUUA